GUCGCUUUUCAUUCUCCCAUACACGUACAACCUUUCGUGGUUGAAUCUCCGUUCCUUUCGCUCUCCCAACACCUGACGACUUUGCUGGCCAUUCUUCUCAAGUUGUAUUUCAUACAUUUACUGGCCGGAAAAUAUAGUCAUCAUGGGUACCGCAAAGAAGGAGGCGAACCGGAAAGUCCGGCAGGGCAAGACUGACGAUGGGAUGGCCAAUGUCAGGACAAAGGGUGAAAACUUCUACAGGUCGGCGAAGAAAGUGAAAGCCCUGAAUAUGCUAAAGGAUGGCAAGCCACAGCGAAACGCCGACGGAGAAAUCACCCAGGCCGCCUCCUUCCAGAGCCGCGAUGUCCCCGUCGCAAGGAUAGAGCCGAACCGUAAAUGGUUCGGCAACACCCGCGUCAUCUCGCAGGACAGCCUCAACGCGUUCCGCACGGCCAUGGAAGAGAAGGCGUCGGACCCCUACCAGGUGCUGCUGCGGACCAACAAGCUCCCCCUCUCUCUGAUCCGUGACAAACCCAACGUCAACGGGAUCAAGAAGCACCAGGCCAAGAUGGCCAUCGAGACGUCCCCGUUCUCCGAGACGUUCGGGCCCAAGGCCCAGCGCAAGAGGGUCAAGCUCGGCGCCAGCACCUUGGCGGAUCUGGCCGAGAACGUCGAGAAGAGCAUGGAUGGCUACCAGGAGCGGCGCGAACAGGCCAAGCUUCUCAGCGGCACGUCCGGCGCUGGUUAUGACGACGACAAUGAGGAGGGCGAGGAGGCGCCCCCUCUCACCACGGCUAUUGAGCCCAUCUUCAACAAGGGACAGAGCAAGCGUAUCUGGAACGAGCUGUACCGGGUGCUGGACUCUUCUGAUGUGGUCAUCCAUGUCCUCGAUGCGAGGGACCCUCUCGGUACCCGCUGUCGCAGUGUCGAGAAGUACCUGAGGGAAGAAGCUCCCCAUAAGCACCUCAUCUUUGUCCUCAACAAGACAGAUCUGGUACCAACUAGCGUCGCUGCGCGAUGGGUUCGCUACCUCUCUCGUGAGCGGCCCACGUUGGCGAUGCACUCCAGCAUCACCAACCCCUUCGGCAAGGGAAGUCUGAUCGAACUCCUCCGGCAAUACGCCAAGCUCCUCAGCGACCGCAAGCAAAUCUCGGUCGGCCUCAUCGGCUACCCGAACGUGGGCAAGAGCAGCAUCGUCAACACGCUGCGCCAGAAGAAGGUGGCCAACGUGGCGCCCAUCCCCGGCGAGACCAAGGUGUGGCAGUACAUCACCCUGACCAAGCGGAUCUACCUGAUCGACUGCCCCGGCAUCGUGCCGCCCAACCAGAACGACACGCCCCAGGACCUGCUGCUGCGCAGCGUGGUGCGGGUGGAAAACGUCGAGCACCCGGAGCAGUACAUCCCCGGCGUCCUGGAGAAGGUGAAGAAGCACCACAUGGAGAGGACGUACGGGCUCAAGGGGUGGGACAACCACAUCCAGUUCCUGGAGCUCCUGGCGAGGAAGGGCGGCCGUCUCCUCCGGAAGGGAGAGCCUGACGUGGACGGUGUCGCGAAGAUGGUCCUGAACGACUUUAUGCGCGGCAAGAUCCCGUGGUUUACGCCCUCGCCGGUCGACGAGACGGGGGAAAACGACAAGGACAUGGAGGGACGCAGUGGCCGGUUGGGCGAGAUGCCCAGGAAGAGGAAGGUGGAUGAUGCCAGCAGCAUGCCGGAUACGUCCAUGGGUCCGUCUUCGGUCGCCGUCUCCGAAGUGGGGGCCGGUGAGGAGGACGAGGACGAAUUUGAAGGAUUUGCCUCUGGUGAUGAGGAGGCGCAUGGCGAAAAGGAAGAGGACGCCUUGCUGGACGGCUCCUCGAGUGACGCAGAAUCGGAUGCCAGUGGUGAUGGAGACGAGAGCGACGGUGCCGCGAGCAAAGCUACCAGCUUGAGGACGUCGGUGGCGUCAGUGAGCGAGACAAUAGGCGGCGAGAAGGGUCGGAGUGCAAAGAGGCGACGGAAGUCGUGAGAAGUCAUGAUGACUGCGAGGCCAAUGCCGAUGAAUUAUGAUACCCUAUAACAUCAAUGGAACUAUUUGACCGUC